AUGGGCACAAGAGCACAGACAAGCAUCGCCCCAUAUCGUCAUGAUCCACGAACACGCCUCAUUGAACUGCUGAAACGGUGGUUGCGAACGAAUGCAGCCAAUGCCAACAUCAGUGAAGAAGAGGUUCGGCGCAUGUGUGCUUUGUGCAGAGAUCUCUUGAACUACCCAAACUUAUUUCCAUCCAGAAACAAGACGAGUUUCAUGCAUGCCCUUAGUGAAGCAUAUGAGCAUCUUGAGCUUCAGUUGCGUCAAGUCCUGGAGCGAGACCGUACAUGUGCAGAACUGGCUACCAGAUGCCUUUCUUUGAGCCGCAAUUUGGUGUCGGAUGCGAUUACUUUCUUGCUGCUUGCGGCUACACACCUCACGCAAACAGACAACCUUCCAUCUUUGGAAGUGGUGGUGCUUUGGCAGUCGCUGCCAGCAAUCGGAAAUCCAUUACCAAGUCGAGCUGAUCCGCAGUUGCAGAAGAGUAUGCAGGACGCUUGGUCUACUUUGAUCGGGUCCUUGAUAACUUCUCUCCUGGGUCUUCGGUGGACGUUUCACCUUUUCGCCGGCGUAGGCACUGAUCAGGAGCUCAAGGCGUUGGCUCACGACGGUGGACAUGGAACCUCUGGAACCCCUGGAACCCCUGGAGCCAAAGACACACUAGCGCAGAUCCACUGUGUGCGUGAGGAGUUCGCGGCUGGCCAUUUCAAACUGAGUGGUUUGGCGGGGCCUUUCCGAGAGCCACAGCAGCAGGAGACGCGGGAAAAUCUCUUGGUGGCAGUUGAGUCCCUGUACGACCUUCUGUACCUACUUGGGGAGGUGCUGUUGCAUUUCCACAGGAUAAGUGAUAGCUUGGGAGAUUAUGGAAUGAUCCGUGUGUCCUUGUGGCUGCAUCCCUGCUUGGAUUCGGUGAUUGAGAAAGUCCAGCGGCUGCAAGCGAGCCUGAAAGGUCUCAGCAAGGCCGUGGAUGCAGAACUUGUCAUCGCCAAAGCUCGAGGGAGGACGGUGAAGAAGCCGCUGCCCAGUGACCGAAUGUCCUCCCGUGCGCAUGCUGCUGUAGAGCGGGCACUUGUGGGUCAGGAUUGUCACCUAUCUGCAUUGCUUCACACCUUGGAAGAACUCAAGACGCGUUCAUCUCCUGAACGGCUUCCACAUGUGGUUGAAGGGCUGGGUGAUGCCUGUGUCCAGCUUCAGACUGUUCUCACAUCACCCCAGUUCCGUGCUCGUGUGGGCGAUUCUUUCCCUCAGCGCUUGCCAUCUUUGGCGAAUAUGACCAGGGGGAGUGACCAAAGACCCAAUCUUCAGUUGAUGAACGUAGAUGAAGCACAUGAUGGCCACUCUGCGGCAUAUAGCGAUCCAGAGGAGCCCCAAGAACCGCAGCCAUAUCAAGAUCCUCCAGAUCAAAGCCUGGCAUACAGAGAUACGGCGCAAAAAGGCCAACAAAAGACUGAGCAAAAUGGAGCUCCUGCGGACACUGCGGACCUGCCUGAUGCGGAUCAUUCUGUUUGUUUUUUCCUUUUUGGACAGGGUGAGGCACGGCGAAGGAGCAGGAGCUUGUCCAAUGCAGUAUGGAGCACCUUCCGUUCAAUGCGAGGCAUGCGCGGUCCGACCUGGCACGCAUCCCUGCCUUCCACUCGUGGCCCAAGCACACCAUACACAGUGGCAGCUCCAUCUUCAGUUCCACAUGGGCCACAUGCGCCGCAUGCGCCAAACGACUUGGUGUCGGAGCUAUCUCCUGAUGGCUGGAUUUGUCGCACAGGUUCAGGGGGGCGGACCUCCUGGCACCACACAUCUCUGGGGCCUGCGCCAUGGGAUGGCCAAGGCCGGGAGCCAGACGAGCUCUUCCAUGCCAAGCCUAUCUCAAUUGGUGGGUCUCAGCAGAGGCUCGGAACACGAGACGCCCGAGACACCCGAGACACCCGAGACACCAAUCCAUUCUCCGAUGACUUGGAGGCAGAGGCCAUGGGCGCCACAGGUGCCACAGAGCGCACCACGGAGCCUGGCAUUCGGCAUGCGCACGCAGAUGUGACUGGCUUCCAACCGACCCCAUCUGUCUCUGCCCGGGAACAGUUGGAGAUACGCUUGGAACGCUCUCCAGUGACUCCGGUGACUCCAGUGACCCAGGAAACGUCUCAAGUGAUGGACUUCGGGCCGUUCACUGAUUCGCCCUUUGGAAAUGGCCAUGCGCAGGAUGCGUCCACUCGAGAAAGCCGCCGAGCCUCUACAAUGCCUGGAUUCAUGCAAAAGCCAUUGGAAAGAGGGUGUUUACGAGCAGAAGUGCAGCGUCUUACCACUGGUGUGCAAGGUUGGAAAGCCCAUGACAGUCGUAGCCUUUUAAUCACUGGCAGCCAGCUGCUGAUUUACCAGAAAGGCUCCACGGACCAAGUCAAAACAGUUGUAGACAUUUGCGAUGAUGUGGAACAAUGCUCACUUCUCCCUGAUGGUGUGCUCUCCUUGGAAGUGCGACGCAAGAGGCGUCGCUCCUCCAGUCUCUCACGCUUUACGCCACGUUCACGAAAAGAUUUGGACGAGAGGAAGCUCUACUUCUUUAAGUUCGAGCCACAAGAGCUCGCUCAACAGUUCAAUGAGAUUCUCUCUCAAUCCAGAGGGACUUAUUGAAGACUUGAUGCAUCUUGAUCUUGUUCGUUUUUGCCGUAAUUCUGCGUAUUCAAGAAAUUGAAGAAUAUGCUCUGACAUUACAGUGAUUCAUUUUGCGUCGCAUUCGCGAUCUUGUGUCAUGACUUUGCAUGUACGGGCCGUUUACGGACCCCACUUCUCGUGCCC